CUGCAGCCGCGACCGAUUUAUAAAUUGUUUUUUUGUUGUUGCUGUUGUCGUUGCUGUUCCUACUGUUAUUUGAAGAUCUUUCCUUCUUCAUCUUCAUCUUCAUCUUCUUGUCGUCGUUUGAUCCGAUCUAUACGCAUUUUCGAAUUGUGUAUAUAUCUCUUCUCUCUUAGGAUCUCAUUCGAUUGAAGUGGUUGGUGAGGCGAAUUAUCCAUAACAUCACCCGCCAUUGAAAAUCUAUCAAAUAUUUACACCUCCAGACCAGCAGUUCACACUCAAAUAACACACAUUUGUACAACAACCAUGGUUACAACUCUCCCUCAAGUGCUUCUUGCACUUAUCCCAGUGGCUUUGGCAUUUCCAGCGCCACAUCCAGUAGCUCAACCCGUUCCUCAUCCUAUGAUAACUCCACGAGCCUCUUUGACGGAUAGAACACCAUCGCUAGUGGAAGAAAGAGGAGUGAUUAGCUCCGUCGAAUCAUCCAUCAAAGGUCUAGAAAGUUAUAUUACCAGCGUUCUCGGCACUUAUCCUUCAUACAUUGCUAGCGGGGUACCCAAUUUCUUCCAGGAUUUUCCAACCGGAAGUGCGGUCCAAAGUAGUUUGGGAAUUGGUGAUAGUGACUUGGCAGCAACUCCUACACAAGUCUUGAAUAUCCCAGGAUAUGCGAACUGGACUGAUCAAGGCUGGAACCUUCGUGUCCAUGGAAAUGUCUUCAAACAACCAAACAUUUCCGAAUCCAAGCUGGACGAUUUAGCAAACAUCUUCCUGGUUGGUACCUCAAUCGAAGAUCUUCCCGCGGCCCAACAAAGUCAAGCCCGAAAUCUUACUGCCGAAAUUUUCGUCGUACAACAAGCACAUGUUAAUGUUUCAUUCAGCUUGGAGCCUGCUGCGUCUCAAGGUGGAGAUGGAGAGAGUGGCGGUGGUGGAGCGGUAACCGCAGGUGGAGGAGCCCAAAAUAUUACACUUGUGGGACAAACAACCGUGGAGGGUGAUUAUGAUCAAUUUAUCCAAAUCGCCAACGUUUCUGGACCUGGUGGAUAUCUUGCUCCUGGUAACGACACAACCGACAUUCAAAGAAUAAAUGUUUACACCGAUGGCACACUGACCGGAAAUGCAACAUCCUACCUCGUCCCUGAGUCUGGUAUUACCAUUAUCUCCGAUAUUGAUGACAUUCUUCGUGUUACAAAAAUUUACGAACCAAAAGAAGGUCUUCUUAACUCUUUUGCCAGACCAUUCACUCAAUGGAUGAACAUGCCCGAUAUUUACGCCAAUUGGUCUCGCACCAUCCCUAACUUCCACUUCCAUUACUUAACCACUACCCCGGAGCAAGUUACAAGGAACUACAUGCAAUUCAUCUACGACACCUAUCCAGGAGGAUCUUUUGAUACUCGUCCCCUCAACUUCUCCGAUGUAUCUGCAACACUCUCUAUCCGAAAGUAUCUUCUCACCAAGAUCUUUGAGACCUAUCCCAACCGCAAAUUUAUUUUAAUGGCCGAUACUUCUAACUCUGAUGUUAUGAAGGAUUAUCCUGAGAUGGCUACCGAUUUCCCUGGACAAGUCCAAUGUAUCUUCCUCCGCAACACAUCUGCGACGGACAGUGGAGACAAAUUCCCAUACGAGACAUCCGGUUUCCAAAAUUUGAAUCAGUCACAAUACAUGUUCUUUAAAGUGCCAGAUGAUCUCACGAACCUCGAUAUUGUCAAUGGACAAUGUUACAACAGCACUAUUCCACAAAACCUCACAUUCAGCCUGCAAGGACUACCUUUCGGAUUGAGCAAGAGUGGUGCUGGAAAGAGCAUGGCUAUUGGACGGAGUUUGGUUUGGGCAGCCAUGGUUGGAGCUUUUAUGCUUGCCUUGUAAGAAUGACAUGAGUUAGAUGAGAUAAUGCAUUGGAUACGAUUCGGCGUUCAGAGUGUCGGACUUUUAUUGGGGAUUUCAAGACUCACAAAAUACCUUUAUAAUGUGUAGAUGAUUCAUUCUUGCUCCAUUGUGCUUUCAGUGCUGCGAAUUCGUGAAUUUUAAUGUCCAUGUUUGAUAUGAUGCAUAUCGAAAUAUA